AAAUCUUUUCUGAAAAAUCGGAAUUAUAGAUUAGGUUUUUGGAAAUAUCAACAUACAUACAGAUGAAUGACAUAACAAAUAGCAUAAGAAAGAAAGAUGAGUGGAGUAGGGAAGAUACUGAAGAAAUGUCUGGGAGAAAUGAGGUUCAACACCGGCGGCGGCAACAUCAACUGGUACCCGGGUCACAUGGCCGCCGCCACUCGCGCCAUUAACGCUCGCCUCAAGCUCGCCGAUCUCGUCAUCGAACUCCGUGACUCAAGAAUUCCCUUAUCAUCUGCGAAUCAAGACCUUCAACCUCGAUUAUCCUCCAAACGCCGUGUCAUUGCUCUCAACAAGAAGGAUUUAGCUAACCCUAAUAUUAUGCACAAAUGGGUUGAUUACUUUGAUUCCUGUAAGCAAGAUUGUCUUCCCAUCAAUGCACACAGCCGGACCUCUGUUCAGAAGCUUCUUGAACUUGUUGAGCUCAAACUGAAGGAAAAGAUUGCAAAAGAACCUACCCUUCUUGUGAUGGUGGUAGGCGUCCCAAAUGUUGGCAAGUCUGCUUUGAUCAACUGCAUUCAUCAAAUUGCAUCAUCGCGUUUUCCAGUGCAGGAGAAGAAGAAACGAGCAAAAGUCGGACCCUUGCCUGGUGUAACUCAGGAUAUUGCAGGGUUUAAGAUUGCACAACGACCUAGCAUAUACGUACUCGAUACCCCAGGAGUACUUGUACCAACCAUUUCCGACAUUGAAACAGGAUUAAAAUUAGCUCUGGCAGGAUCUGUGAAAGAUUCCGUUGUGGGUGAAGAACGUAUUGCUCAAUAUUUGCUUGCGGUUUUAAAUACACGACAAACUCCCCUACAUUGGAGGAACGUGCAUAAUAACACCUUAAAAGAGCUUCAAAAUGAAACCGAUGAUAAACGCGAUUAUAAUAUUAAGGAUCUUUUGCCUAAAAGACGAACUCUUCCUGUUGCAUCCAAUGUGCAUUAUGUGGAGGGUGUUGCGAAAGAGGUACGAUGCGCAUUGUCUUCAACUCUAUCAGAAUUUAGAGGUGAUUUGCAAGAUGAGAAUGAGUUGGAGAUGUUGAUUGAAAAACAAUUUGAAGCAUUGCAGAAGGCGUUAAAGAUCUCGAAUAGAGCAAACGAGGCUCGUAUGAUGGUAUCUAAGAAAUUCCUUACUUUAUUUAGGGCUGGCAAACUAGGCUCAUUUAUUCUUGAUGAUGUUCCUGUUGUCACUUCUAAAUCGCGAAUCUCCUAGAACUCAGAUGACCCUUUUAUGUGCCAUUUUUAACUAUUUUUUCUAUUAUAAAAAAAAUCAGUUUUUUUUUUUAUAUAAAAGUAUUAAAUAUCUGUCAUAAAAUCAUUCAUUCUUAUAAUACCAUUUUUAACUA